AAGCUUCAACAAUUUAAGUGGCCCAAUUCCAGAUUCUCUCUUCAAUAUGAUUUCUCUUGUUUACCUGUUUCUUGGAAACAACAGCUUAUUCGGUACACUGCCAUCCCAAAAAAAAGAUACACUUCUUAAUGUAGAUUUAUCAUACAAUCAAUUAUCAGGAAGAUUUCCAUCUUGGGUUUCAGACGGAGGUUUAAACUUGAAUUUGGUGGCUAAUAAUUUCGUAUUUGAUAGUUCUAACAGCAGUGAUUUGCAUUCAAGCGUGAAUUGUCUUCAGCGAAGCUUUUCAUGCUAUAAGAACUCUCCAAUCCAGUCUUCAUUCGCGAUCAGGUGCGGUGGACCCUCGAUGAAAAUUAACGACACAGAGUAUGAGAGGGAUACUGAAUCUCUGGGCCCAGUAUCCUAUAAGGUGGCCGUUAAAGAGAAGUGGGCCGUCAGCAAUGUAGGAAUAUUUGAUCCAAGAAGCAACGAAAAUGUUUACAGGACGUCUGAAGGUGAAUUUUGGAAUACAACAGACUCGGAGCUAUUCCAAUACGCAAGGCUAUCAACAGGAUCGCUGAGAUAUUAUGGUCUGGGGCUUGAAAACGGGAACUACACUGUAAAUCUGAAAUUCGCAGAAACGGAAUUUCCGGAUUCAAAAACUUGGAAGAGCGUUGGAAAGCGUGUUUUCGAUAUUUAUCUUCAGGGCAAUCUGGCAUGGAAAGACUUCGAUAUAAAAAAAGAAGCAGGUGUUGCCUUCAAAGGCAUUGAGAAGAAACAGUGGGUUAUGGUAUAUCAAAAUAUUCUUGAAAUUCAUCUCCUUUGGGCUGGAAAGGGGAUUUACGGACCCGCCAUCUCGGCCAUCCAUGUUACUCCUAAUUUCAAACCAACUGUCAGGACUCGACGAAAGAAGAACAAGACUGCUUUGGCUGUUGAAAUUUUGGCUCCUAUUUUUCUGAGCAUUGUUUCUGUUUCUGUAUUUUUUAUUUGGAGGAGUAAAAGGUUGAAUGUUGAUAAAGCUGAAGAGUUUCUAGGAAUGGGUCCCAAACCAAACACUUUCAGUUACAGGGAACUGAAGACCGCCACCAAAGAGUUCAGUCCGGCAAAUAAGCUGGGACAGGGAGGAUUUGGGCCCGUUUUUAAAGGCACAUUGCUGGACGGGCAGACAGUGGCUGUGAAGCAACUUUCGGUGGCAUCUCACCAAGGAAAGAGUCAACUUGUAGCAGAGAUUGCAACUAUAUCUGCCGUCCAACAUCGGAACCUCGUGAAGUUGCACGGAUGCUGCAUCGAGGGAGCAAAUCAGCUCCUUGUUUAUGAGUAUUUGGAAAACAAGAGCCUUGAUCAAGCACUCUUCGGAAAUAGUAACCUGCAUCUAGACUGGCAUACCCGCUUUAAGAUAUGCUUGGGGACGGCAAGAGGUCUUGCUUACCUUCACGAGGAAUCCAGGCCACGCAUUGUUCACAGGGAUAUCAAAGCCAGUAAUAUUCUGCUUGAUGCGGAUCUCAAUCCAAAGAUAUCAGAUUUUGGUUUGGCCAAGCUCUACGAUGACAAGAUGACCCACAUGAGUACACGCGUGGCAGGGACAAUCGGCUAUCUUGCACCGGAGUACGCCAUGCGUGGACAUCUGACGGAGAAGGCUGACGUAUUUGGAUUUGGAGUCCUUACUCUGGAGAUUGUAAGCGGAAGGCCAAACACAUGCCAGAACGUGGAUUUGGAGAAGAUGUAUCUUCUUGAAUGGGCUUGGCAUCUCCAUGAAAACAACCGCGCAUUGGAACUGGUGGAUCCAAAAUUAUCCAAUUUUGAUGAAGGAGAAGCAGCUCGGAUGAUCAGCAUUGCUCUUCAAUGCAUCCAGGCAUUGCCAUCGUUACGCCCACCCAUGUCACGGGUGGUGAACAUGCUGCUGGGAGAAAUUGAAGUGGGCGCCGUCUCAUCGAAGCCAAGCUACUUAACCGGUUUGCCAUCCGAUGAUACAGGCAGCUUCAUGGCUAGUGUAACCAUCACCAGCCAACAGUUCUCAUCUUGGUAUGAGAGCAGCUCAUCCCUGGGCGCCACUAAGCCAAUGCUGCAUGAGGACAUCGGAGAUGGACGGUGAUGACUGCUUCCGAUCUCUCCGUACAUGCAUAAACAUAUAUGUAUCUAUAUACGACCAUACAUAUUUAGAUGCCAGGCAGUUUGGUUGUUGGUAUUAUAAGAAUUUUAUAAGGUGGGGUUAAUUGAUCAA